GGUUCUAGUUUGUUCGAGCCACAAUCCCUUCUUUGAUUUCGCUAGAAUCCCAAAUCCAUUUUCGACGUCACACUUGUAACCUCUCGCGUGACCCUGAUUAGGUACCCUGACGGCGGCGAGCAGUCUACCUUAAAAUAAUUUUUUUAUGUUUGAAUUCGCUUCUUCGUAGUUUGCAUUUCGAUAUUCACAAUUUCUCCACGAAGAAAUUUUACUUCAAACAAAAAUCCGCUGAAUGUUUGCACGAUUAUAGGGAAUUUCGUACCGCCACAACAAUGAGUAAUAAUCCUUGAAUAAGUGCAACAGACAUUUGACCGUCGCAUUUCUCUGCACAAACGUACACAACAUGUCCACGAUAUCACUUCUGUUAAUUUUUUUCUUACAAAUGUUUUCUACGAAAGUACUGAGCGUUGACCCCAACGACCACCACGUCAAGUUCGAAAGACGCAACCUAAACCUGGACGAUUUAGGCGCCCAAAUAUCACGAACAGUUCACGAAAAUCUUAGACCUGUUCGCGAGAUGGAGUUCCGGUUUAGAAUGAAAUUAGGAAAACAGGGUACGACCGUUGCCACAUUUCCAGAUAGACAGUACAUUUUUCGUGAAGGCGUUAUGUAUGAAUGCGACGGUACUAUUGUAGAAACGGACGGUUCUUGUUCUGGUACUUUACGUAAACCGGCAUUCGGCAGAAAAGAAGAUUUCUGUUACGCCACUGUUAGUGCAGUUGUUGAUAACUGGUACUGCAUUACGACCGGCGGUGGUGUCAACUUUGUUUAUAGCAAUGGGAAGGGUAAAUGUGAAAGUACGGAUGGCAGGCCUACGCUGUUGGUAUCUGCGAAGGACUACAAGGCGCUGUGCGAAAGUAGAGCGUAUCCUGUUACUUAUAAAUAUUUUACCGAGGAGUUGGACGAUCAUGGUUCUGAUGUGCAUUGUUCCGACGAGCGGCCUUACGUGUGUACUUUAACGGAAGAAGAAAAUUCCAGUCUUAUGCGCUCGACAGGGUCGACUUUUGAGAAAUAUAGUUUUAUUUUGUUGGCGACAUUACUGCACAUGCUGUUUUUAAGGAUCGUUUUCGUUUAAAAUAAAAUUAUGAAAAGGCAAAA